AUGCUGCUGACUAGGGCAACCGUGGACGAAGAGGCUGGACCAGAAGAGCAAAAAGUGAGAGCUACUGAAUUGGGAGGAAUACCGUGCUCAAUAUGGUGGACACUCUCCCGACAUUCGAGAGACGUGGUCGGAAAACCGCACAUCGUCACUAUGCUGGACGCGCAUUCGGCCACUGCCGGAUAUUCGUUUACGUAUGACUCCAUUUUUGAUUCGAUGGGUCGGCUUGAUACAGCACUGCUAACUGGGAGAAGAAACGUCCGCGGAACAGAUAGGUUACCUAAUUUUAGGAGGUGGCCGUAUACAAGGGCUAUAAGCCUCAACAAUUUAACAUCUUUUCGGUGCCACAGAAUAGAAGGACACCUCGGUAAUUCUUUAGGGUAUUCAAUGCGCAGCCUAAAAACAAUAAUCCAACACUUGCUAAUUGAGUGA